CCAAGUCGAAUCAGUCAUGUCAUCCUGCCGCAUGAAUGUAUUAAAACUCAUUGAUUUGGCCAUCGGAUCUCCCAACCCGGGCUCAGUCAAUUUCCAUUUACUGCACAAAAUUCUCUACAUCCUAGCACUUCGCGACGGAACGACGACGGAUGUUAAUGAAAUUGAAUUAUCCAAUGCAAGUUGUAUCGUUGAUCAAAGGCUCCUCAGCGACGCACUGCGGGAUGGCAGUCAAACACGGCUCACCGUGCAGCGAAUUACGAACGGAAGCGAUUUCGAUGGAGCCCGCCUCAGGAUAGCGGGUUCACGCAUCAUGUUCCCAUGCGACGGUAUUAGUCAAAAGUCCAUAGAUCCUGAACCAGAUCGCAUCGUGUCACAGAUGAGUGCCAUGUCGUCUAUGGUUUCCGACCUGGAAGAACGCGUGCAAGAGAUUUCCCUCAAACCGAGUAGUGUGUGCGAAGAGGCUGUGGAAGAAUUACGUAAGCGUAUCGAGGGCCUGGAGUGUAUGAUUGAACAUCAAGUAGCUAAGCUUACCAUACAGGACACCGCUGCUGUCGGCGAGCAGCCACAGAACAGUUUGAAUAGUUUCGAUGAAAUGACCGAACAAAUAUGGAAUUCAAUUCAAUUGCUGGAAAGCAAACUGGAUGCGCUACAUGGAACGAGUUCAACCCAGGGCAAAGAGAAAAUCACAAAAAGUGGCAAUAACGAAGAACUAUUGGAAAACGUUACGGGCUCUUCCAACGUCGUACAAACUGAUCCAGCUGAACCCGGAUACUCUGACAUUGUAGAAAUCCUUCGAAACAUAGAAUUUAAGCAGCUAGAAUUGGAAACCAAGCUACAAUCACUGACGGAAAAAAUAUGCGCUGCAAACAAAACUGCAAUCGAUAUCGGUGAGGGUGAUUUUCCAGUUUUACCGCAAUUUUCCGAACAGCUAGCUUUGAUCGAACAAAAUAAUACUGCCAAAAUGGAACAAAUAGAACACUUGAUUAGUCGGCUUUUCCAGGAAAAAGCCGAUGAUGUUGCAAUAGAAUCCCGAAUACGCCAAUCCAUUCGAUUUACGUCGAAUAAUGACGCUCGAGGCAGUAAUGUUUUACACCAAGAGCUAUCAAACCAACAGCGCGAUGUUAACGAUAGGACGCUGAUGUUGUCGGAGCAAUUGAAAACUAAUCAGGACGAACUUUACACUCUACGUGAAUAUGUAAAUUCGAAAGCUAACCAGCAUGAGUUACAGUCCUCAAUUGAUGCAGUCAAUGUACAAAUACGACAACUCCAUCUUCAGAUACAAACCAUUCAAAAAAGUCACUCAUCGGAAUUGGAGAAGGCUUCCGGAAGCAAACGCACCCCAAUAAGAGACGUACGAUGCAUUUCCUGUGACCGUAACGUGACCAUGGAUGCAUGCACAGAGGUGGUCCCCAGGGCACCGCUAAUUAGGGUGAGCAGGACACUGAAACCAAACCUACGCAGGCAGUUGCACGCAGCACGCAAAAGCUUGGAACGACUGGGAACGGCAGGUGGAACGUUGCGAAAUUUGAAUCACUUUGAAAAGGUCUACCAAUCUCUCAUGGCAGGAAAGUCCCAUCGCUGCAAUUGA